UUUCUUCCCUCUGUCUUUCCUGCACCGCCCCAUCCACUCCUGUCCCUCCCAACCAGAAGCCUGGAGCCAACACAGAGCAAUGCAAGCCUGGAGGAAAGGGCAGGACAGCCCCCGGAACACCCCUUCGGAAAGCAUGUCCCGUUUAAUGGAUUCUGACAUGGAUUAUGAAAGGCCAAACGUAGAGACCAUCAAGUGCGUUGUGGUGGGGGACAACGCCGUGGGCAAGACCAGGCUCAUCUGUGCCCGCGCUUGCAAUGCCACCCUCACCCAGUACCAGCUGCUGGCCACGCACGUGCCCACAGUGUGGGCCAUCGACCAAUAUCGUGUGUGCCAGGAGGUGCUGGAACGCUCCCGAGAUGUGGUAGAUGAUGUCAGCGUCUCCCUGCGCCUCUGGGACACCUUUGGAGACCACCACAAAGACCGUCGCUUUGCUUAUGGGAGAUCCGAUGUGGUGGUUCUGUGCUUCUCCAUUGCCAACCCCAAUUCCCUCCACCAUGUCAAGACCAUGUGGUACCCAGAAAUCAAGCACUUCUGCCCCCGAGCACCUGUCAUCUUGGUGGGCUGCCAGUUGGACCUGCGCUACGCUGACCUGGAGGCUGUCAACAGGGCCAGGCGACCCUUGGCAAGGCCCAUCAAGCCCAAUGAAAUCCUGCCCCCAGAGAAGGGUCGGGAGGUGGCCAAGGAGCUGGGCAUCCCAUACUACGAGACCAGCGUGGUGGCCCAGUUCGGCAUCAAGGACGUCUUUGACAACGCCAUCCGAGCUGCCCUCAUCUCCCGCCGCCACCUGCAAUUCUGGAAGUCCCACCUCCGUAAUGUGCAGCGGCCUCUGCUGCAGGCACCCUUCCUGCCCCCCAAGCCGCCGCCCCCCAUCAUCGUGGUGCCCGACCCACCCUCCAGCAGCGAGGAGUGCCCCGCCCACCUCCUGGAGGACCCGCUCUGCGCGGACGUCAUCCUGGUGCUGCAGGAGCGGGUGCGCAUCUUUGCCCACAAGAUCUACCUCUCCACCUCUUCCUCCAAGUUCUAUGACCUGUUCCUCAUGGACCUGAGUGAGGGGGAGCUGGGGGGCCCCUCGGGGCCAGGGGGUGCCCACCCAGAUGACCACCAGGGCCACCCUGAUCAACACCACCACCACCACCACCAUCACCACGGGCGAGACUUUCUGCUCCGGGCAGCCAGCUUUGACGUGUGUGAAAGUGUGGACGAGGCCGGGGGCUCCGGUCCCGCCGGCCUCCGUGCCUCCACCAGCGACGGGAUCUUACGGGGCAACGGGACAGGGUACCUGCCGGGCAGGGGUCGUGUGCUCUCUUCCUGGAGCCGAGCUUUUGUGAGCAUCCAGGAAGAGAUGGCAGAAGAUCCUCUUACCUACAAAUCCCGGCUGAUGGUGGUGGUGAAGAUGGACAACUCCAUCCAGCCGGGGCCCUUCCGGGCCGUCCUCAAGUACCUGUACACGGGGGAGCUGGACGAGAACGAGCGUGACCUCAUGCAUAUCGCCCACAUCGCCGAGCUGCUCGAGGUCUUUGAUCUGCGCAUGAUGGUGGCCAAUAUUCUCAACAAUGAGGCCUUCAUGAACCAGGAGAUCACCAAGGCCUUCCAUGUCCGCCGGACCAACCGGGUUAAGGAGUGCUUGGCAAAAGGCACCUUCUCAGAUGUGACCUUCAUCCUGGAUGAUGGCACCAUCAGUGCCCACAAGCCCCUACUGAUUUCCAGCUGUGACUGGAUGGCUGCCAUGUUUGGGGGGCCAUUUGUGGAGAGCUCCACCCGGGAGGUGGUGUUUCCCUACACAAGCAAGAGCUGCAUGCGGGCCGUGCUGGAAUACCUCUACACGGGCAUGUUCACGUCCAGCCCUGACCUGGACGACAUGAAGCUCAUCAUCCUAGCCAACCGCCUCUGCCUGCCACACCUGGUUGCUCUCACAGAGCAGUACACAGUGACCGGGCUGAUGGAAGCAACCCAGAUGAUGGUGGACAUCGAUGGGGACGUCCUUGUGUUCCUGGAGCUGGCUCAGUUCCACUGUGCGUACCAGCUGGCUGACUGGUGUCUCCACCACAUCUGCACCAACUACAACAACGUGUGCCGCAAGUUCCCCCGAGACAUGAAGGCCAUGUCCCCAGAAAACCAGGAGUAUUUCGAGAAGCACCGGUGGCCGCCCGUGUGGUACCUGAAGGAGGAAGAUCACUACCAGCGGGCACGGAAGGAGCGCGAGAAGGAGGACUACCUCCACCUCAAGCGGCAGCCUAAGCGGCGGUGGCUGUUCUGGAACAGUCCGUCCUCCCCGUCCUCCUCGGCAGCCUCCUCUUCAUCCCCGUCUUCCUCCUCAGCUGUGGUCUGAGACGCCGCCACCCUCUUCUAACCCUGCUGCUGUUGUCCCCAUCCGCCCUCGCCCCUCUGCUCUUCUGCAUCACCCCAUCCACCUUACAGGGACCAGGGGCCCCUGUAACCAGGACCCAGAGGGUGGAGCUGUCCUCACCAGCCACUGUGGCUCAGCCAGAGGGGAGCAGAGCCCUGUGGAGCAGAACGGGAACCACCUGCAGAGGUCCCCAGACUCAAAGCAGGACGGGAGUCAACUGCUGGGAGGAGCAAGCGCUCUGGCAUUUUAUCUCUGAGUUCGAGAGACCUUGAGUCAAAGGGGAAGCUUCCCAGCCUCGACAGCUUCCCCGUGUGUCUUGGCCACUGCUCUGGCCAGAGAGGCAGCCCCCUCCCAGCAAGCAGAAGUGAUCCUGCCCCUGCUGGCCAUGUUUUUCCACUGAUGGACUUGAGUGUUACAAUUGUUUUGUGGGCAUUUCCACACGGAGCCUACUCAAAUCCCCACUGGAGAAGUCAGGGUAGAAAUGGAGCCUUCAGAGCCCAACUCAAGGCUUCUACAUCCUGGGGUGCAGCUGCCAAAGGCCAGGAGUGGAAAGGCCUGCAUCCCGCCAGCGUCCCUCCCUCCCAGGGGGCUGUGGUAGCGCAGGCCUGAUCAGGGGGACAGAGGUCGUUCGGAGCUCCAGGCCUGGAAGCAGCACCUCUUGGUGCAACAAGAAACUUCUCCCUCACCCCUCCUUUACCCUCAGAUUCAGAGAUGGGAACCAAAGGAAGCAGUUGGGACAGGUGGAGAAGGAAGAGGGAACCAGUGCACAGCGACCCGAGCUCCUCAGGGCCCUCCCCGGCCUCUGGGGGCCACUGCUUUUUAUAGGGUGGGGCAGAAUUAGCAAAAAACAAAAGCAAACAAGAACCAGACCGAAACCGAAACAAAAAAUCACCAACAAACACUCUGUCCUCUAUGCACCCCAAAGAAUGAAAAUCAGAAAAAGCCCCUGCCUAGCUCACAUUUCUCUAAACAGAGGCCCCCAUGAUGAGGAGGUGAAGAUAGAGGUUGCAGAAUC